AUGACGCAGCCCAUGAGGGGGGACCAGGCCCACCAGCCCGCCCCAGCCCGCAAGUCAGCCAGCCUGUCCUCGCCAAGCGCGGCUCGCCGCCUAUACCGCAACUUGUCUGGAAAGUUCCGUGUGGGCACCAACCCCCCGGCCCUGGAGGACAGUGUGGUGUCAGGACGGGGAGGAGACAAGGAGAGGCUGCGCAAAACCACCAUAUUCCAGAGUAAUGAGACGUUGUUUGAAGCAGUGGAGCACCAGGAGUUGGACUUGGUACAGCUGCUUCUGUCCCAGUACAGUCUGGAGGAGCUGGACCUCAACACCCCAAACAGUGAGGGCCUCCUGCCCCUUGAUAUCGCUAUCAUGACCAACAAUGUGCCCAUGGCCAAGCUUCUACUGCGAGCUGGUGCCAAGGAGAGCCCCCACUUUGUGAGUCUGGAGGGCCGAGCAGUGCAUUUGGCCACCUUGGUGCAGGAGGCUGAGCAGCGAGUGUCUGAGCUUCAAGCCCAGGUUGGAAGCGAGGGUCCUGGUGAGCGGGAGGGAUCUGACCGGGAGAGGCAGCUAAAGGCCUGGGAGUGGAGGCACCGGCUCUUCCGACGCAUGCAGACGGGCUUCGAGCAUGCUAACCCUCCAGACGGUCCCAGUGAAGUUCGCCUGUCUGUCAACAGCAGCACCAGUCUAAGGGUGGACUUCCAGGAACCACUCUGUGUCAACUCUGCUGUUGUUACCAAGUACAAAGUGGGCUGGAGCAAUGCUCCUUCACUCAGUCCUUUGCUGGGUGAGAUGGUGGUGGAGGACACCACUCUGCUACAGUGCAACAUUACUGGACUCACUUCUGGGACCUAUUACUAUGUCCAGGUGUCAGCCUACAACAUGAAGGGCUGGGGGCCUCCACUAGUUUCCAUCCCUGCCUGCGCUGCACCUUCUAGUUGGAGGGAUAUCGAUGGCCGUGCUCCACGUCAGAGAGGCCAGAAGGAGGCACUGGACCAGCUACUUGGGCAGAUAAAAGAAGCUCACCGCCACUGUGUCUGCCAUGAACAAUGCAAAGCUCCACCACAAGGAAGGAAGCACUCAGUAUCCAAAAGCCUGCGCCACCUCUUUCUACCCACCAGCAAAUUUGUUAAAAGCUUGAAAAGAGGUCUCUAUCUAACAUCGAUUUUCUACAGAGAUGACAACGUGUUGGUGACUCCAGAGGACCAGAUUCCUAUUGUGGAAGUUGAAGAUUCCUACUCCAGUUCCCUCAUGCAGGACUUCCUCUGGUUUACCAAGGUAUCGUAUCUAUGGGAGGAGAUUCCCUGGCUACAGCAGUGUCUCAGUCCUUCCCAGUCGUCCUGUUCUUGUACUCUGCAGACACGCCUCAAGAUGCUGCAGGCUGUCUCCCAGCUACAGGGAAUGCUUGGAACCCAAGACCUUGGUCAGGUGUAUUUUGAGCCAAUCAAAGACAAGCAUGGUAACGCCCUGCUGGUGCUCCUGAAGGACAUGAGUGCCUGUCCCAACCUUGAUGGGGUUCGCUGGACGCAGCUUUGUAAACUCCAGCUCCAACGCAAGUCCAUCUCGUCCCCUGAAGAGCCCACUGCCUUGGACAUGCUUCUCAUCACACUCCAUGAGAAGCUGGCAUAUCACAGGCGGAGCAGGAAGAUGUUGUCUCCAGGCUUAUACCUGGGCUAUCUGAAGCUGUGUACAUCUGUGGAGCAAAUCAGAGUGCUGGUCCCCCAAAAACUCCCCAACGUCCUCUGUCACACCAAAAUUCGGGACAACAGCAACGUAUCCAGAGAGGAGUGGCAGUGGCUGCAGGCUCUCAGCUCUCUGGAGGAGUCGUUGGAAAUGGACGAUGAAGUACAGAGUGCUCCACAUCGCCUCCUACAGGACCUGCGCAGCGCCCUCAAGGACCUGAUGGCACACAUUAAUGUCCCUGGCAAUCAGGCACAGGACUUCCGUAUCUACAGCCAGGAAGUGUUGGAGUUUGGGGAGAAAGUGUCCUUCCUGCUCCUCCUGCCACCUUCAGAUGAAGUGUGCACAGCUCCUGGUCAGAAUAACCCAUACUCCCCCCGCUCUGGCUUCCUCACCUUGCCCCUGCAGAUCUUUGAACUGGUCCAUUUUAAUGCCUAUUGCCCCAGUUUCAUUGGCCAGUACUGCAGAGUAUCGGCUUUGCUUGAGCUGGAGUCCCUCAUGUCCCAGCAGGCACUAAGGGAGGCUUUCUCUGAGGCCGAGCUGCUUGCUGCUAAGAAGAAACACCAGCAGGUCCAGGAACACAUGCAGCAAAUGGAGGAGGUGUGGCGUGAUGCGAGGUGGAUCAUGGAUGCCUUGCAGUAUGCCCGCUACAAGCAGCCAACGGGAGGCAUCUGCAUAAGCUGGAUAAUUGAUUUCUCCAAGGAAGUGUUGCCCGAAAAGCCUCCCUCCACCUCUUCUCAGCCAGACUUCAUGCCCUCCCCCAUGCCUUCGCCAGAACCUUGCCGUAAGCACUCAGAUUUUGUUGGACUAUCAGACGAAGAGGGCUCCUCUGAGGUCUUCCUCACCACUGACAGUGAUUACGACUCCAGCCGUGCCCAGAGUCCCCGUGAGCUGGACCUGUUGCCCCCCUCGCCCCUCUCGUCGACUGCACCGCUGGAGCCCUGCAGUUUCCUGCGUAGCGAUGGGAGCAGCUCAGGAGGAGGGAUGUGUCUCAGCGUGGGUGGACGUGGAGGGGGGGCGCUAAGGGAUUCCACACCAGAUGUCCUCCAGGCCUCGGAGCCACAGCACGGGAGGGAAGGUGAGCGGUGUGGUGGAGGGGGAGGAGUUCGGUGUGGUGGGGAAAGGCGAAGAGGCGCCCCGGAGCUGUUUGACAGUGACUUCAUCCUGCCUAGCAGGCAGAUUGAGCUGUUGCACAUCACAGAGAAGAGACAGGCCUUCUGUGUGAGAACCAGCAGCCUGGAGUUCCCUUCCACCACCUCAGCCCACCACCAGCCUUACUGCUACCACACUAAUUGCCCCUCGCCCUCCACCUCGCCACAGCGAAGAUGGCACAGGCCCUCGUCAGUGGACCGCUGUUGCUCGGCUGAGCGCUGCCUACCACUACUUCCACCCGCGCGUACGUUAUCAGAGGACAGUGGCACACAGAGACUCUCCUCCCCGUCACCUGCUGCCCUCAGGAAAGGCUGUCAUGCCACGCUCAGAGUGUACCCACAGUACCGCACAGGCCUGCCAAAGGAGACCAGUGUUAAGCUUUGUGUAACUCCAGGAACAUCAGCACGGGAGAUGAUCCAGCUGGUGGUGCAGGAGAUGAACGUUGUGUCUCGACGCAUACUCGGCAGCAGUGGAGGUGGUGGUGAACAGGAGCAGUGUGUAUACUACAGUCCUGAACAGUUGAAGCACUUUAGCCUCGUGCUGGUUGUGGACAAUAGAGAAAAGUGGCUUCAGGAUGAUUUCUGUCCCCUGGAGCUCCAAAACCCCUGGCUGAGGGGCAAACUGUGCGUUCGCAUUAAGGAGUAUUCACCACUAGCGCUCAAACACAGCCGGGCCACCACAGUGUAAUACUUCCAGUAGAGACAACGAGAUAAAGUAAACAUUUAAGAGUUCCUGCCAUGUGCAGAUCCUCUUUCGAUAAAUGUGUUUGGAAAUUAAGGAACUGUUACAUUUGUACAAACGAGCUCCUAACAGGCUUCUAAACUCUACACUGUUUUCUCUCUCACUGUGGUGUUACCGUCCACAACUGCAGCUAUAACAUUUUGGCAUAUUUUCUGCUCUGUUCUUGUUAUCUGAAAGGCUUCUGUUUCCAUGAAAUGCGUUCCUCCCGUACGCAGGACCUUUUUUAUGAACAUCAGAGACUCUCAUAUGGACACCAAAUGAACAAUAACAAAAUGGAACAAAGAGAAAAGAGUUUUUUGUGCUGUCAGAAAUCAUUGGGAAGAAGAUUGUGAUGCUGAGCAAGAUUAAUGGAGCGUCACUUUGACUUCUGGCAUGAUUGAUGCCGGCACAUCGGGCCAUGCGCGUUGCCAAAACAAGAUGGGCAACAUCAUCUUCUCCCCAGCCACACGCGGAUAAGGCUUUUCCUAUGAACCCUCUCAUUGUGUCACUCCGAAAGAGCUGUCGGCUGCAGCCGCCCGGCCCCAUGUUCCCAGGAUGUGGGCUCUGGACCCGGCCCAGAGGGCAGGAAGGAAGGGAGAAGUACAGGGGGGGGGGCUGGCGUCUCCGCUUGGGGACGCAAUUGCCCCGACGAUUUGGCCCGUCAGCCUGUCACUCAACUGCUCUUGGCCACUGUACUGUCUGGUAGCAAAGCAACCAAGCAAGGGAGAGAGAGCUUGAUAGAGAGUGAGAGAGAGAGGAGGAGGAGGGUCGAGGCUGCAUCUCUUAGAACCUGGCACUCGCUCUCUGGUGCUCUUUUUCUCUCUUUUGCAGCAACGAAUCCUCUGUAUAGCAGACUCAGUCGUAGUGUAGCUUACAAGUACGAUCAUCUCAUUUUGUGAAGUAACACAAAAUAAAACCAGCUAAAUUGGAUUGUCACUACAGAGAAAAAACAAGCAAUACUUGACUCUUUUUGUUUUUCUAAUAGAUGGAAAAAAGCAUGUAAACCUUCCAGAAUUGUGCUGAGUACAUCUAAGGUACUGUAGUCAUGCUGUGCUAAAAGUGAACCAGUUCAGUGUUUUGUUGUGUUUGGUUCAGUGGUAUUCCCAGAUGCAUCAGAAAGUGGUGCCUGUCAGUCUAGAGCAGGGUCUCCCAAAGGGAUUCUAGUGUGAAAGGGAUGACUCAAGUUGUUAAGAGGGCCCGGUGUUUGUUAGCAAAGUAACAUACCUUGUAUUCCAAACUGUCUCCUAAACUGCUUCAAAAGAAGACUAAUAUAUGAAAGGACUUAACUGUACGAUGGUUAAAAUAAAUAUUUCAGAAACCCUCAACAAACCACUACGACUUACAAUGCAGGGGUCAUGUGACCAAUGGAGAAUAUUGGAGGCAUCAGCGGGCUAGUUUUUGCUAACUUUUUGGAGAAGUUCGACAUUAAAGAUGCAGAUAACACAACUGUCCCUAAAAAAAAUAAGUAAAACUCUGUAAUGCAAAGUAAAAAACGCAGUUAAUCUUUAUCGCAUUUUUUUUAUUCUUUCAUCUGUAUUUAGUUUCAGCAAUUAAUGAUUUGAACAAUACAAACAAUUUACAGAUGUCUAACAAGAUACAAGAAUAUAUAAUAUAUAAUAUAUAAUUAUAUUAUUAAUAUAAUGUAAUAUGAGGUAUUGUACUGAUGUGUUGAACUAUAUUAAUAAACCAGGGCCUCUUGACAAUUGAACCCAUUCCUUUUAGCUAAUUAUUGGGAACCUGUGCCAAGUUUUGGUUUCUCUGUUCACACUAUACAGUCUAUGAAACCUCACCUUAUAUCUGAAACAGAACAGUCUGUGCGUUGUUUACAUCCAACUCCACAUCUCACACUCACAGAAACUGCAGGCUGUUGUGUUUUAUUUAUUUUUUUAUAUCAGCUGUUUUUCAGCAUCUUAUAAAUACUUUUUCCUGCUGUAAGACAUUAAGCCAGCUCAGCAACACCAUACCAUUAUAAUAACCUGCAGCAUUUCCAAAUGUAGCACCAGAAAGGUCCAAAAGAGGAGAGUUUGAUGAAAAUCAGUGGACCAGGCCUCAGUUACUGUAGCAUAACAGGUUCACAGGAUGCUGUCGAACCUGUCACAGGGGGAGUUAACAGUGGCAUCUCUCAAAGUGUUUACAGAGUUUAGUUUCCUUACACCUUCAAAGAUGUGUUUAUGUGUAACUACUGUAUAAAGAUGUCUUAAGACAAACUGAUGUUAUAAGUUGUAAUUGGAUUUACUCUUGUGUUAGCGCUUAGAUGUCUUCUUUAUUCACAUUGUUAAAAGCGGUUUUUACGAGGGCCAACUGCAAAAACAAAUCACACAACCAGAAACCGAACAAUGUACAUAGACAAACAAGAGCAGGGGAUGAAUGUACUGUAUCUGCCCUAAAUAUGAAAGUAAGUGAAUGUGGGGCUGUCAUCACUAAAGGGGUUAAAGGUCAGUGAAGUUAUAGGCAGGAGUCUGUCUUAAGAUUAUGCUGAAGGGGGGGGGGGCUUGAAUUCCCUCUCCAGUCAAAAAAAAAGUAGAAGCCCCAUGUUUACAAGGAGCUGUUGGCAGAUCCAUCAGGCGAAGUCAUGAAGGAGACAUCACGUCACUUUUUUUAAAUCUAUUUUUA